CAAACAGACAGCGAGGAGAUUUAAAACUCGGUAUACAUUUUAAUAUAUUUUUACGUUUCAUUUAGCGCUGAAAUUGUUCAUGAGAAUUCCACCACUUUUCCUCCUGACAGAGCGGCUCGUGUGAGCAGCCUCAGAGUUUAUUGACACAGGCGUCGUCAGCGCGCGGAGAUUUAAAAACUGUGUUCGUGUAGGUUGUUAACGGUUUUCGCGACUCAGCCGUUGGAAUAUGUGAGAAGAGCCGGUCCGGUUUGGUGUUUGUUCGUGUCAGAGCGGGCGGUGUUUAUCUUCACUGACUGAGAGAGAAGGACAGACAGGACGAUGUGGAGUCUGAGCUGGAGUGAGUUGAGUGUGGUUGCCAUGUGUGAGGGGUUCACAGCUGAAGUUAGCCGGCGUUAUUAGCAUGGCCUCUUCGCGGAUCUCCUCGGCGGGAUGGCGAGCGCUCACAGCCCCGCGCUGGACCUGAGGAGACUCGCUCAGAAAGUUGUGGUGAUGCUGUCGCUCGGCGUGGCCUGCGCCUGCCUGCUCUACUUCAUAGCGGGACGCUGCGAGGCUGCCGUGGGAGAAAAGGCGCCGGUACUGCUGCUGAAAACGACAGUCCAUGAGAGGAACAGCACGGUGGAGCAGAGAGCGGAGGCUGAGAUGAUCAGCUCCGGCAGAGAGUGGACGGCCAGCCGCAGACUCCCACACGCCCUCAUCGUGGGAGUGAAGAAGGGAGGAACCAGAGCGCUGCUGGAGUUCCUCAGACUGCACCCGGACAUUAGAGCGCUGGGCUCGGAGCCCCACUUCUUCGACAGACAUUACGGCCGAGGACUCAGCUGGUACAGGAGCAUGAUGCCCAAGGCCCUGGAUGGACAGAUAGUGAUGGAGAAGACGCCGAGGUACUUUGUGACGCCCGAGACACCAGCACGUAUCCACGCCAUGUCUCGGGAUGUGAAGCUGAUUGUGGUGGUUCGGGAUCCCAUCACCCGGGCCAUCUCAGACUACACCCAAAUCGUCUCCAAGACGCCCGGCGUGCCCAGCUUCGAGAGCCUGACCUUUAAGAACCAGACGAUGGGCCAGAUAGACUUUCUGUGGAGCCCGCUGUACAUCGGCCUGUACGCCAGGCACCUGGAGCGCUGGCUGGCCUAUUUCCCGCUCUCGCAGAUCCACUUUGUCCACGGCGAGCGACUCAUCAGCGACCCGGCCGGAGAGCUGGGCCGUGUGCAGGACUUCCUGGGCCUGCAGCGUAUCAUCACAGACAAGCACUUCUACUUCAACAAGACCAAGGGCUUCCCCUGCCUCAAAAAGCCUGAGGGCAGCAGCAAGCCCCACUGCCUGGGCAAGACCAAAGGCCGGACGCAUGUCCGCGUCAACCCUGAGGUCAUACAGAAACUGAGGGAGUUCUACCACCCUCACAAUCUGAAGUUCUACCAAAUGGCUGGCAUGGACUUUGGAUGGCAAUAA